ACAAAAAAGCCAACCAAAUUAACCGCCCAAGGCAUAGAAAAUUUAACUCAAACGUCAAUGGUUGUUUGCUCUGUAUUAUUCAUCUCCGUUUGUCUUUUUAUUACACCAUCCUCCAACAACUGCGCUUGCCUCUUCUUUUCCCUCUCCUAAAGUCUCUCUUUCUCUCUCUCGUUAUCUUCUUCUUUGCUAAAACUCAACUCGGAACCACCUUGAGGCAGUUUUCAGUUUUCUCAAACAUGGCUUUCGAUGGUUUUGUCUCCGACCAAACCAAAGACCUGCAAAACCUUGCUCUAAACGAACCAUCAUCAGCUUCCGCCUCAGCCGCCGGCGUCGACCACUGGGAAAGAGCCAAACGCAAGGCUGAGAUAAUGGGACAUCCCAUGUACGACCAGUUGUUGGAAGCACACGUGGCUUGUCUACGUGUUGCCACGCCUGUUGACCAGCUUGCUAAGAUCGAUGCUCAGUUAUCUAGGUCCCAAGAAGUCUUGGCUAAGUACUCUUCAGCCGCUGCUGCCGUUGCUGCUGAGGAAGAACUCGAUCACUUCAUGGCAAAUUAUGUUCUAUUGCUUGGUUUAUUUAAAGACCAAUUGCAGCAACAUGUUCGUGUUCAUGCAAUGGAAGCAGUUAUGGCUUGUUGGGAUCUUGAGCAAUCACUUCAAAGUUUAACAGGUGUAUCUCCGGGUGAAGGCACUGGUGCAACCAUGUCUGAUGAUGAAGAUGAAGUUGUAGAUAGUGAUACCAGCUUGUUUGAUGGAAGUUUUGAUGGGAUUGACAACAUGGGAUUUGGCUCUCUCGUCCCAACUGAUAUUGAGAGAUCCUUAAUGGAGCGUGUUAGGCAAGAACUGAAGCAUGAACUGAAACAGGGUUACAAGGAGAAAAUUGUGGACAUUAGAGAGGAAAUUCUUCGUAAGAGAAGAGCUGGAAAGCUACCAGGUGACACCACAUCCCAUUUAAGAGCUUGGUGGCAAUCACAUUCCAAGUGGCCUUACCCAACUGAGGAAGACAAAGCAAGAUUAGUGCAGGAAACAGGAUUGCAGUUAAAGCAGAUUAAUAAUUGGUUUAUAAACCAGAGAAAAAGGAAUUGGCAUAGUAACCCCUCUACUUCUCUGAAGAGCAAACGUAAGAGGUAGGCUGUUUAUAGGUGUGUAUGUUUCUCGAUCAAAAUAAGCUGUUCUUGAGAACCAUUGGCCACCUUUAAUUUGGAAAAAGAACACUGAAUGUAAAUAAAAGAACUCUAUAGAAACUUCCAUGUUUCGCUCUGUCUACACUGGUGGAAAUUCAGCUUCAGACCAUGCAUUAGAGAGAGGCCAUUGCAAUGGGGAAAUCCAGCUAUUUGUUCAUAAGGAAAGUCCUCUGCAUAGCAUUAAGGUAGCAUUGAUAGAUGGUUCUGUAAUAUUUUUACAUCUGUGCACAAGAAUGGCUUUAAGUCAUAGCUUUUAUAAUGUAAUUAUCUACUUUUUCCUAUAUAAAAUAAUGUUUCCACCAGUGAAGUGAUUUGACUUGUAAUGGCUGGCAAUAACAUGUUGGAAGAGACAUGAGGUUUGAGGUGUCUCAUUUUCAAGUGGUCAAAAUUUUAAAAGGGGCCCUGGACUUUAUGUGAUAACUUCCAUACCUUCUAUUUGUGGAAUGGUUCCAUGGUUCUGUUUGUAUGUGCUGUAUCAGAAGCUCGCCGCUUAUAAAUCAGUUUGUCUAUCAGAGAAAGGAUAGUCAAAAUCAAUAAAAUUGUUAAAGGAUCUAAACUAGCUGAUUGUACUAUAGACCUAAACUAAAUGCUGUCCUGCUGAAUAGAGGGCCAAUGCCAUAAGAUCAUU